CUUCCACCCUAUUUAUCUUAGUCUUCCCCGAAUUUGUCAUUCUUCCCACUUUGUUUUGUGUCUUCUAACCUACCAUUGACAAUAGCCCAUAUUCAUAAUGAUUUCGACGUCUUCAAACGCGCUGGGUGCUCUAGCACUCUUCCUUGUUUCAGCCCAAGCCCUUGAAUGGGGUACAUACGCCUGCAUGAAGAGUUCUGGGGACAUGACCAAACUAGGCUCGUCGCCAUACCAAUCUGCCGGCUUGUGCCAGGACUUGUGCGAGAAAGAGAAGGGUUAUUUCUUUGCCUUGCAAGGCGAAGGCUGCUGGUGUGGCAGUCAGCCCCCCGCCUUUGGUAGUAUGGGUGGUUCGUGUGAUACGGAUUGUCCAGGCUAUCCCGAUGACAAGUGUGGAGGCGACGGCACUUAUUCGGUCUGGGAAUUGGAGGAGGACUAUUCGAAUCCUAGUCUGGAGUCGAACACCGCGACGAUGACCUCAACAGCAGUGACAUCCUCUUCUGCUUCCUCCGCCUCCUUCUCUUCUUCUUCUCCUUCGUCCGCUGAUUCUGGGGUCGUGACAUCGAGCUCAGCGACGGUGGCCUCCUCGUCUGCUGCCAUCCCAUCAGCUACUACUACUACGCCAGUGGCUCAAUCUGUUCAUACUAAUGCGGCCAGCCGCCCCUCCAAGUUCCUGUUUUUCUAAUUCUAUCAGUGGGCAAAGGUGGUCGAACGCAAAUGUGAUUUUUGUUGAAAUAUGUACAAUAAUAUUUCGAACUGCAUCUGCAGAUCCUAGGAUUCCAUUUCGCUCGUUUUAUAGCCUCGCCCUCGAUACCUUGCCCAGCGGCAGAAGCUAGCUUAAGGUAUCAUGAUAAGCCUAAUACUAUAUUGCGCA